GCUGGAGAAGGAGACUGAAGACCGCAAGGAUUUUCUUCUCUUUGGAUAAACCUUCACCAAAUCGCUGUUUGUGAACAACUACUUAAUCACUGAAACGAUGGCAUCGUUCAAACAAGCUACGUUUGUAUGGAUUCUCCUUAUAUUCUUGCUUUCCUAUCUAGCAGGGACUGUGAUGUCGCGGCAGAUUGUUUAUACAUUGUCCGAGGAGGUGAGUCCGGGAACAUUUGUUGGAAAUCUAGCCAAGGAUUUAAAUCUAAAAGUGGAUGAUUUAGAAGCGCGCGGGCUGAGGAUUGUUUCAAUUUCAACAAAAAAUAAUUUUGCCGUGAAUUUAAAAUCUGGCGUUCUCUAUGUGAAGGAAACAAUGGACAGAGAACAGCUGUGCCCCAAUACUCACACUUGCACAGUAAGCCUUGAGGCCAUUGUUAAUAAUCCAUUGAAUGUUUACAGAAUAGAAGUAAAAAUAUCGGAUAUCAACGACAACUCCCCUUAUUUUGCUGAAAAAGCUCAAUAUAUCCAAAUUUCUGAGCUAACAUUACCGGGAACCAAAUUUCCAUUACUGAGCGCAGAAGAUCCAGAUGUGGGAAGCAACUCAGUUACCAUCUAUAAAGUGUCAAACAAUCCGUUUUUUGGCCUAGAAGUGAAUACAGAUGCAGAAAGUGGUCCUUCUCCAGAGCUGGUGCUGCAAAAAGCGUUGGAUAGAGAGAGACAGUCUACGAUCCAACUGGUUUUAACUGCUGUAGAUGGAGGAAAACCUUCAAAAUCUGGCACUACAAAUGUUAUUGUUACUGUUUUAGAUAUAAAUGACAACGCACCGGUAUUUUCCAAGACUAUGUACAAAGCUCAAGUCUUAGAAAACGCGCCUAUUGGUACUACAAUACUAAAACUUAAUGCCACUGAUCCUGAUGACGGUCUCAACGGUGAAGUUGUGUAUAAAUUUAAACAAGGCCAAAAAGGAAUAUCAGAUAAGUUCGCGAUCAACAACACCACGGGUGAAAUAACAGUUACUGGCACUUUGGAUUAUGAGGACAUCAAUGCGUACGAGAUCCGCGUGGAGGCGUGGGACCGAGGCCAGAGUCCGCUUGCAUCUCAUUGCAAAGUCAUCGUGGAGAUACUUGACAUCAACGAUAACGCACCUGACAUUACACUCUCUUCGCUGCUGGAUAAUGUAAGUGAAGAUGCAAAACAAGACACUGUAAUAGCCUUUAUCACGGUCCAAGAUAAAGAUGGGGGUAAAAAUGGAAAAGUCCAUUGUUCCAUUCCCCUGAACUCUCCUUUUAUAUUACAGACUACACAGGGGAAAUACUUCUCGCUUGUUUUAAGCGGGACUCUUGACAGAGAAGAAACUGCAAAGUAUAAUAUUUCAGUUACGGCUACAGACGAAGGAACCCCACCUCUUUCAAAAACCACAGUUAUAGCAAUUCAUAUUUCUGAUGUGAAUGACAACGCACCUCGAUUUCAAGAUUCUGUUAUUGAUGUUUACGUGAAAGAAAAUAGUCCAGCUGGUGGUCAGAUAGCGAUUGUUUCUGCCCAAGAUUAUGACUAUGGAGAGAACGCUCAGGUAACUUAUUCCUUACUUGAUAGUCCCAGUGUCCCGUUAUCGACAGCAAUCAGCAUAAACUCUGUGACUGGUGAGAUAUACAGUAUGCAGACUUUCAACUAUGAGCAGGUAAAAACCUUACACUUUCAAGUCAUGGCAACAGACUCUGGUGUUCCUCCUCUGAGCAGUAAUGCGACUGUAAAUCUGUUUAUUCUGGAUGAGAACGACAACAGUCCAGUUAUUUUACCGCCUUAUUCUGAACCUGGAUCAGUUAAUAGUGAGAACAUUCCCUACUCUGCUGAAGCGGGAUACUUUGUAGCAAAGAUCAGAGCUGUUGAUGCUGACUCUGGAUAUAACGCACUUCUGUCUUAUCAUCUAACUGAACCCAAAGGAACGAAUCUCUUCCGCAUUGGAAGCAGCACUGGAGAAAUAAAGACUAAGAGACGAAUGAGUGACAAUGACUUAAAAACUCACCCACUUCUCAUCACAGUGUCUGAUAAUGGAGAGCCAUCACUCUCAGCGACUAUGUCCAUGGAUGUUGUAGUUGUUGAGAGUCUGGAUGACAUAAAGACAUUAUUCAGAGAAGUUCCCGUUAAAGAGGAGAGUUUUUCAGAUCUGAAUCUGUAUCUGCUCAUCGCUAUUGUCUCAGUAUCAGUCAUCUUUUUACUGAGUCUGAUGGGUUUGAUAGCAGCUAAAUGCUACAGGACAGACAGCAGUUUCAGCAGAUACAGCGCUCCAGUGAUCAGCACACAUCCAGACGGAAGCUGGUCCUUCUCUAAAUCCACUCAACAGUACGAUGUGUGUUUUAGUUCAGACACAAUAAAGAGUGAUGUAGUCGUUUUCCCCUCGCCGUUUCCGCCAGCAGACGCAGAACUGAUCAGCAUUAAUGGAGAAGAUACUUUUACGCGCACACAGACUCUUCCUACCUCAGAAAAGGUAAGAUAA